GAUUAUGGUUUAAGGUCGCUCUUGAGAAUCAUUCACUCAUUUGUAGACGUCUUCAUUGCCGGUGUAAGGGUUGCAAAAUUUAGGAGUGUUCUCGGUGCUUAUGGCCUUUAAGAAGGGACGGAUCUUUAUCUUGCCAAAAAAUAUGUGUGCUAUGACACGGGACCCAUUUAGUCGACUCUUACGACAUGCAAGUGGUACCAAGGACCUAUUCUAACCCGGAUCCCCCUUGAGUAUGCUACAAAAAACCCCUAUAACUAUUAAUUCCCUGACGGCUGUAUUAAGAUCCAAAGGUCAACUCACAAAAUCUUUCAAAAGCCAUCGGAUGUUGAAGAUGCGCCUGAGACAGACUUUCAUGAUCAAGGAAAUCAUUUAUCAACAAAGAAUGUGUGAUACAGCAAAUGAUUGCUACGACAACGAAUGUUGCGUUUCUGACGUCCAGCCAAUCGGAAAACGACAAAUUAGGCACAACAAUGGACACUGUGUUCCUAUGGGACGUAUUGGGGAUGGAUGUAUGGUUAAGUUCGGCAACACGACAUCCAGACCAAGUCACAUGGUACUUGCCUGUCCCUGUACUCCAGGAUUGUAUUGUCACGGUGAUCACAGAUACGAAGUACCCUUGGGAGAAAUAGGUCACUGUUCCACUCCCUGAGCUGUGUAUCUACUUCCAUUAAAACUGGAACGAGUGAAAGACCCAUUAAACAUACUUAUCGUCUUCGUAAAA